UUCCUGACAAAUGCAACAAAAAGAUUCCUUGUCAAUCUUGGAUGAAUAAACAUACAAUUCUGCGGUCAAUAGGAGUCUAAAUUUUGAUAUAUAAAAUGAAAAGUGAUAAAGAAGGGGGAAGGGGGGGGCAAAGAUUUUACAAAAAAAAUAAACAGAAUUCAUAAAAAAUGGGACGCCUCCUGUACAGAUCCAUCAUUAGUGCAAGUUUCCAAGAGCCCCUCAGUUCUUCUUCUGCAACUAGCAACAUUAAAGAAGAAGAAAAAAAUUUAAUCAAGAUGGUUGAAGGGGGAGCCUCAAAAGCCGGCAGAACUGAAUUCACGGAGUGCUGGCGCACAACAUGGAAGACACCCUACAUCAUGAGAUUGGCCUUAUCCGCUGGAAUUGGAGGUCUCCUCUUUGGUUAUGACACAGGAGUUAUUUCCGGUGCCCUCCUUUACAUUAGAGACGACUUCAAAGCUGUUGACAGGAAGACAUGGCUCCAGGAGACAAUUGUCAGCAUGGCCGUUGCAGGAGCUAUUCUUGGUGCUGCAUUUGGCGGAUGGAUCAAUGACAAAUUCGGUCGCAAAAUCUCCAUUUUGGCGGCUGAUGUUCUCUUCUUUGUUGGAGCUAUUGUUAUGGCCGUUUCUCAAUCUCCCUGGAUGAUCAUUGUUGGGAGAAUAUUUGUUGGCUUAGGGGUUGGGAUGGCAUCCAUGACUGCGCCUCUUUACAUUUCAGAAGCUUCACCCCACAGAAUCAGAGGUGCUCUUGUUAGCACAAAUGGUUUCUUAAUUACCGGAGGCCAGUUUCUUUCCUAUCUUAUCAAUUUAGCUUUCACCCACACCAAAGGAACUUGGCGGUGGAUGCUCGGAGUAGCAGGAGUUCCAGCACUAGUCCAGUUUAUUCUAAUGCUAUCGCUCCCCGAGUCUCCGAGAUGGCUUUACAGAAAGGGUAAAGUUGACGAGGCCAAAUCCAUAUUACAGAGGAUUUAUCCUACUGAGGAAGUUGAGGAGGAAAUGCAGGCCCUGAAAUCAUCAGUUGAUGAGGAAAUGGCCCUACAAGGUUUUGUAGGAGAAGGCAGCUUGCUUUCAAAAGUAAGGCAAGCCUUGAGUUAUCCUGUUUUCCGGAGGGGACUAUAUGCUGGGAUUACAGUUCAGGUGGCUCAGCAGUUUGUUGGCAUCAAUACUGUCAUGUAUUAUAGUCCAAGCAUAAUCCAGUUCGCUGGUUUUGCUUCAAACCGGACUGCUUUGGCACUGUCCCUCAUCACUUCUGGUCUCAACGCAAUUGGGUCCAUCAUUAGUAUGUGUUUUGUUGAUAGAUAUGGAAGGAGGAGGCUUAUGAUCAUUUCCAUAAUAGGCAUCAUAACUUGCCUAGUGGUUCUAUCGAUCGUGUUCUUCCAGGCUUCUGCCAGUGCUCCACCUAUCGGUAAGGCUGAGUCUGCCCAUUUUGGUGGCAAUUCCACAUGUUUUGGCUAUAUCCAGGCCCCAGAUGCAUCUUCUUGGAAUUGCAUGCAGUGCCUGCAGAAGGCAUCUCAUUGUGCAUUCUGCUCAAAUGGAGCAAAUCGAUUCUCUCCUGGAGCAUGCCUGGCCUCAAAUGAUGAAUUGAAAACUGCAUGCCGGGCUGAGAGCCGAACGUGGUAUACAAAAGGUUGCCCCAGCAAAGUCGGAUUUCUAGCCGUUGUUUUACUGGGAUUGUAUAUUAUAAUGUACGCACCAGGAAUGGGAACCGUUCCAUGGAUUGUUAACUCAGAAAUUUACCCCUUGAGAUACAGAGGCAUUGGUGGAGGAAUUGCUGCAGUUGCAAACUGGACUUCAAAUCUUAUAGUGAGCGAGACUUUCUUAACCUUAACUGAGGCUCUUGGCUCAGCUGGCACAUUUCUUCUUUUUGCGGGGUUUUCCUUCAUUGGUCUGGUGUUCAUCUUCUUCCUUGUGCCCGAAACAAAAGGACUACAAUUUGAGGAGGUGGAGAAGAUGCUAGAGAAUGGAUUUACACCCUGUAGUUGUUCCAAGAACGGAGGUGGUUCCAAGGAUGAGGGUUCUGCUUAAUGCUUGAAUCAGCUAUCUUAGAUCAGAAAAUAUAUUCAUCUCAAAAGUGUUCAUAAUGAUAGCAACAUGUAAUCCUCGAGAUGUUACUGGAAUUAGCUUUCAUUUUGAUUCUGUGUGUGGACUUUGUAAGGUAGCAUCGCUUCAUUACCAACUUACUACCCUCAUAGUCAAUUAGCAAAGAUAAGUACAUCGCCUGCUGCUGCUUCUAUUGA